AUGACACAAGGUUAUCCUGUUCAAAUUGUUGUUGCCCAAGAGGAUCAUGAAUUUAUCCUCGAUGAAAAUGCAUUAGCUAAAGUGCUACUAAGGCCAGAUGUGCAAGAUAAAAAAGUGGUGGUUAUUUCGGUAACUGGUGCUUUUAGAAAAGGAAAAUCUUUUCUGCUUGACUUUUUUCUCCGUUACCAAAUCUGUAAGGGUUCACCAGAAUGGCUGGGAGAUUUAAAUACACCACUUGAAGGAUUCCCAUGGCGAGGUGGUUCUGAAAGAGAUACAACAGGCAUCCUACUUUGGAGUGAGCCUUUCCUAGUACAGACUUCAAAUGGAGAAGUUGCGGUUAUUUUAAUGGACACUCAAGGGGCUUUUGACAGCCAAUCCACUGUUCGUGAUUGUGCAACAGUCUUUGCCCUUAGUACUAUGGUCAGUUCUGUACAGGUUUACAACCUAUCGCAGAAUAUACAAGAAAAUGACUUACAACACCUUCAGUUGUUCACAGAAUAUGGCCGUUUGGCAUUAGAAGCCAAUGACAACAGUUCAAAGCCAUUUCAGACAUUGACUUUUCUGGUUCGAGAUUGGAGUUUCCAGUAUGAAUAUGCUUAUGGAUUGGAUGGUGGGAAAGAAAUCUUGGAAAAGCGAUUAAAAAUUGCUGAUCGCCAACACAUUGAGUUACAACAGCUACGUAGACACAUUCGAUCUUGUUUCACAUCUAUCAAUUGCUUUCUUAUGCCUCAUCCAGGUCUGAAAGUUACUAAUGACCCACAGUUCAAUGGAUGCUUAAAGGAUAUUGAGCCUGAUUUUAGGCAGCAGCUUCAAAUUUUAGUUGAACAUUUAUUGGCACCUGAGAAACUUGUUGUGAAAGAAAUUAAUGGAUCUCAAGUUUCUUGUCGAGAACUUGUUGAAUAUUUCAAGGCUUAUGUGAAAAUUUAUCAAGGUGAAGAAUUACCUGAACCAAAAUCAAUGUUGCAGGCCACUGCAGAAGCUAACAAUUUAGCAGCUGUCUCUUCUGCACACAGUGAAUAUGUAAAAGCAAUGGAGGAGGCUGUGGGUGGUAAUCGGCCUUACAUGCAUCCUGAUCGACUCAAGUUUGAGCAUGAAAAAAACAAGAGGAAAGCCAUGAAUGAAUUCCGACAUGCUCGUAAAAUGGGUGGUCCAGAAUUCAGCCAUAAGUAUGAACAGAAACUGAUUGCUGAAUUGGAAGAAGCCUAUGAAAAUUUGUGUAAACACAAUCAAAGCAAGAACUUUUUCAGUGCUGCUCGCACCCCAACUGUGCUGGUCAUAAUGUGCAUUAUCAGCUACUUAUGUGCAGGUGUAUUUGCAUUAUUUGGACUGUCCCCAGUUGUCUUUUUGUUCAACAUAUUUAUGUGGCUGAUGUUGAUUCUGGUCAUCACUGUUGUCUAUGUUCGUUACAGUGGUGUACUUAUUGAUAUUGGGCACUACAUUGACAGAUUUGCCAAUUUCAUUUGGGAACGGCUCAUGGAGCGGGUGUUUGAUUUGCUGAUUCAGCACAAAGCUGCUAAGAUCCUUGGACUUGGAAAGUUAAAAAAAAAUUAA